AGUCAAACCGGAAAAUUAAUUUUAGGACGGAGGGAGUAUAAAAGAGUACUUGACAGUCAAAAAGGGAGUAGUAUUUUGCCUUGGCAAUACAAAAAAUAUAUAGGGAAUGAGGGAGUACCUGGCCGUCAAAAUCCUAUCCGUCACCCUCUUUGAUUAGGUUCUCUGCGCUUGAAAAUCAAAGUACAGCAACGUUUUUUCUAUACUCAUCUCUAUCAUAUUUUCGGGACUUGCGGCAAUUGCGGUCAGAGCUAGGGAUUAGGCGUGGCUAAGAGAAAUGGCGGAAGCUUUUAAACGGUUACCGGGAUUCAUUAGACAUGAAGCGCAGUUCCUCGGAAUCGCCACCGUGUAGCUCUAUUGGACCUCCUUCGUCCAGAUUGAAAUACAACCCACCAGCUUGGUUCCAAUGGCAUUUCCAGUUUCCGUGAACUAACGUUGGCCAGUUGAAUUCGCGCUUUAAAAGGCUUUAGAGCGAGGUUUGGGAUAUGGAGGCUUCCAUUAAUGCCGUGGAGCAUCUUCUGCAAUAUAGAUUCAAGGACAAGAGGCUUCUGGAAGAAGCUCUGACUCACCCUUCCUAUGCUGAUUCGCCCUCUUAUCAGCGUCUGGAGUUCCUGGGCGACAUGGCUCUAGGAAUGGUUGUCUCAAAUUUCAUCUUCUUAACCUAUCCAAGCCUUGACCCCGGCCAACUCUCCCUUCUGCGCUCCGCCAACAUCAGCACCGAGAAGCUCGCUCGAGUAGCAGUUGACAAUGGCCUCUUUAGGCAUUUCCGACACAGUUCUUCUGCUAUUGAUGAAAAGGUCACGGAGUUUGUGAUGACGGUCCGAGAAGAGGACGAGGCCCAGUUUUAUGGUGGCGCUAUCAAAGCUCCCAAAGUUCUGGCCGACAUUGUGGAGUCCAUAGCUGGAGCCGUGUACGUGGAUAGUCGGUUCAAUUUGGAGAAUCUUUGGCUGGUCUUUAGAGGCUUACUUGAGCCUAUUAUCACCCUUGAUGUGCUGCAAAACCAACCACAACCCGUGACAAUGUUAUUUGAAUAUUGUCAAAAAGUUGGAAAAAAAGUUGAUAUAAAGCAUAGGAAGAAUAAAGAGACAAACAUUGCAAGCAUAUAUAUUGAUGGAAAUCACCUAGUCUCAUCUUCAUCCGAACAAAAGGAAAAUGCAAGGCUUCAUGCUGCAAAGGCUGCAAUAAAAAAGCUGGCUUAUGAAGUCGUUGACAAAUGCAGCUUUGAGUUUGAUGAUAAGGGCAAUGAAGGGGCGAAGAGGAAGCUCCACGAGCUAUGUGCGAAAAAGAAAUGGACCAAACCUGUUUAUAGUUUAGAGAGCGAGAUCGGCCCGUCGCACAAGAAAAAGUUUGUCUGCUCAGUCGAAAUAGGGAGCACGGACGCUACAUUUUUCAGGGUUGGUGGGAAGAGGUCUCGCGUACUCAGUGCACUCGGAGACAAAAAGUUGCGCAUUAGAGAUGCAGAGAACUCGGCUGCCUAUGCCAUGCUUUGUAGUCUGAAAGAUGAGAAUGCCAUUUGAUUCUUCUUCUAGCUAGCUUUUAUGCCUGCCUGUGAUGGCUAUCUUCACAUGUGAAUGCCCAUUGUAAUUUCCUACUCCAAUUACAUUUGUACCUUUAUUUAUAUGAAUAGAUAAGUUCUCACCUU